AUGUCCUGUGCGUUGCCGUGGAUCCUUGCGACUGUCCUAUGCUGGGGCUCGCCAGAGAUCGACAGGGACGAAGAUCUCGUAGAGCGGCAGGUGCUCUUGCAACAUGGUGGGCCACUAUCCUGUGAGUUCACAGAGGAUCCGGUGGACUGGCCGAGCCUCCUUGCCGCCUUGCGCGGGGUGGCCGCGAACUUCUCGCACUCCUCGGUGAUGAUCACAGCGGUUCAGUUGCAGGAACAUUUCGAGGCGGACAAGGGCAGGGACGUUCGUUUGGAUGGCUGCUUCCUCGGGCUUCUGGCGGUUCGCCUGAUGUCGGUCUACGUCUCUGGUGCACAUCACCAUAUGUUUCUGCGGGCGAGUCAAGACUGGAUGGUACAUCAAGGUUUCAACGACUUCAUGGCCUUGCCCUUCGUCAACGUCCUGAAAUCUCCCUUCGUCCACAGCACUGUGGCUGCGCUGGGUGCAUACAGUCGGCAGACCCGUGAGGCGUGUCCCGCUCUUCGCGGACCGCCGGGCAUACAGAGCGAAUGGGAGGCGAAGCAGUUCGGACAUCUCUGGUGCUUCAUGACAGAAGGAUCUCCGCCUAUGGUGAUGAAAGUGCAGGGCGCGAAUCUUGCAUCGCCUUGGUGUGGAGUGCAGGAGCCUCUGGCGCCGGCCUCGCCGUACACGGGCUUCGUCCGUCGUGCCUCCGACGAGCAGGCAACACGUGUCCUCCAGCCGCUUUGGCAAGCUGCAGAGGAGGCGCUUAGCCAGCGAAGGCCAACGCGGCGGCUGGCCGUGGCCACGCACGCGUAUUUCUCCCAGCAGACUGUGGCUUGCGCCGAGGCAGAGGCCACGGCCUCCUUGGCUGCUGCCUGGAUCGGGCAAUUGCCUCACAUGUUUGCCGUUAGGCGAGCUCAGGAUUCUCUGAAGGAUCUGAGCUUUUUGCAAGCCACCUACACCCGGUGGCCGGUUUGGGAUCUGAUGAUGCAGAUGGCUGCACGACCGACGGCAGGCCUUACUGACGGUCUUCAGCCAAGCUCUUGCAUCUCGCUGGAGCCGUGCCGCCGCACGGUGACGUUCUACAGGAGGCUCCGCAUGCAGCUGGGCUCAGAGCUACUCGAGUGUCCAGAAGCUUCCGAUGCCUUGGCCCUGUCCUACCGCCAUGGGCUCUUGCGGCUCGAGAGCAACUACUCGGAAUUGAUCCGGCUGCGAGGGAACAACCUUCCGGAGUUGCUUCUGUUGGACAUCACCCGCGUCCUGCAGCGUAUGGGCAUGGAGGACAUGGAAAAUUCGCACGCCUGGGUCAGCAAGUAUGUGGUGCAGCGUGCGGUGAGCGUUGAGGAGCUGCCGGUGCGGUUGGGCUGGGAGGGGAUGCGCAUCUCCAGCCCGAUCCACCGGUUUGGGGACGUCCACAUCGAACCGCAGCGUCUCGGACCCCGCAAGAGGGCGCGGCGAAGUCGCUUGCCCUUCGGGUUCUCGGAUCGCCGCGCUUCGGUGUAUAUCCUGAUUGUUGAGAGCGCAUCGCGAACUGCUUUCGAGGCCUUCUGUCCCAAGACGAUGGCUUUUCUACGACGGCAGAGCCGGCUGGAGCGACCAGUACGUGCUGACGAGGAGAGCCCAAACAGCCGGAAGUGGCGAGUCGUUGACCUAGCGCUUUUCCAUGCCUUGUAUGGCGGCACGGUAGCCAAUAUGGUACCUGCGCUUACAGGUUUUUCCUUCGACAUGGCCAAAGACUCCGAACGGAGGGCCGGCUGGAGAUGUGAAACGGUUCUGGAAGGGAUUCCGGAGGGACGGCUUCUCUGGAACAUCGCGAAGAAGCAUGGUUACAAGACGCUUUUUGGCGCCACCGGCUGCAAUGGUUUUCUUGGCACCCGAUACUGCCGCAAGUGGCUUGGCCAGUUCGACCGUGUCGUCCCCAGCCUGGAGAUCGAUCCGAACUGCCAUUCUCAACACGAAUGGCGUGCCAUGAUGCUGGAAAGGAAAGGGAAGCGCGGCUGCAUCGGAGGGAAGCGUCCGAGUGAACACUUGCUGGACUAUUUCCUCCGCUUCCAGGAGAUCCAUUCCGAUGGCCCUGUUUUUGCCUACCUGCACCUCGAGGCUUCCCACGAAUCUCAGCAUGCGCUGCAGCUGCUCGACGAGGCAUUGGCGGCGCACCUCGAGGGCCUCAGCAGGCUCCCACCCGAGGCUCGGCCGCUUCUCGUCUUAGCUGGGGACCACGGUCCGCCCAACGAGUGUGAUGAGAAGUCGCCUUUGGUCUCCUUUCUGGUGCCAGAAGCGCGCCUGCCGGACGUGGGUUGCGGAGGCCUGCUGACAAACUGUGGGUUGCCUCAUCUCCAGAGCAACCUCACCGGGACACUGAGAGGAGCGGCCGAGGAGAAUGCUCGGCUCUGGAGGCGGUACAUGUGGAACCUGGAGCAGAACCGCUUCGUGAUCUCCUCCUGGUAUGAUGUGUAUGCAACCCUGCGGCAUAUCAUCUCGGGGAAGGAUCCUGGAGGUGCUGCUCAAAACGAGCUGCAAUGGGAUGCUCCGGACCACCGGGCCCGAUCCCUCCUCUCGAAGCUGCCUCGGCGAAGGACCUGCACCCAAGCCGGUGUGCCAGAGUGGCAUUGCGGCUGCGCAAGAACCUGGGUAGGUUACUGCCCGCUCUCGAAGCGCGGGCAAUGGGCUAUCGCCGUCAGAGCCCUCGAAGAGGUGAACCAGCUCGUGGAGGCUGCUGGCCCCAAGUUCCGGGUGGACUCGAGCGUGUGCCGGCCCAUGCAGCUCGAGCAACUGCUGAACUGUGAGAUGCAUCUGCCCAGCUACCAGCGGAUUCAGCACAAUCUCCAAGGGAAGGGCAAGGAAGAUCGGACCAUCAUCCGUCUUCGAAUGCUCACGACGCACGGCAUGGAGUUUGAGUUCUACGUCUACAUGCGCUUCAAGUCCUUGUCUGGCAAUCUGCAGGAUGUGGAAGGAUACGUGGACGAGUUCCUGAAGCUCUUCCCCAGGUCCCGCUACCGGCCCAACGAGCAUUGCACGCCGACAAACCUCGACCCGGCCUUCUGUGCUUGUGGGGACGAGGCCGAGUUGCGGAAGCGACCCGCUAUUGAUGAGGACUUGCCGACAUGA